GUUAUGAGCAAGAAAGAGGAGGAGAGAUGGGAGGAUGAAAUAACUAAUAGUCAAUGGAAAUGCAAAUGACAAGGAAAAUGAACUAUCAAGCAAACGGCCAACCUAGCAGAGGCUGAUAGGCCUUGAAGAGUGUGGCAGAUGAAGAGGUCUGCUUGCCCCUCUCUUUUUCCCUUCUUUCCUGGUGGAGGGAGGGGGGUUUAUUGGGCCCAUAGAACAGCCGGUGCGCGCAAAGUAAUAGCAGUAGCUAGGGAAUAUGGGCGAUUUGCUGCUCUGCAAUUCCUUACAGAUGAUGGGAAUGAUGAUGCUGAUGAUAGUUGAAAAUGCGCACCUCACAAUCUCAGAUGUCUCCAGUGAACCGUCCAGAUGAAGAACUGCUUUUCGAUCCGCGUUUUCGUUGCUUUGAUUUCUUCCUCUCGUCUGAUGUUUCGCUUUUGCUUUCCUCUGGGUUUCCUUUAUUUUCUUUUUAUUUAUUUUUUCUUUUUGGUGCACGCCUUCUGAGGGGACUGGGUCUUGUAACCCUGAACCAGGAUCAACCAGCUGUGGUGCAGUCUUGGAAGACUGAAGGAACUGACUGGGUACCGUCGGUUUUUCGAUCUGUUGGGGGCCCGCAAUCAGCUCCGGUCUUCCUCAGUGCCACAUGGAUGGGUGGACUGGAGAAUAAUUAAGGAAAGGCGCUCAAACACACACACACACACACCCAACGUCAACCGCUCUCCGUUGGCGGUGGAUUACAAGUAGUAGUAGUAGUAGAUAGUAGUAGUAGUAGUAGUAUUCAAUGGUGUACGGGUCCGAUUGGGAACGGUUUUUCCUCGGGGGAAGGCUUAAAGAUGGGUGAGCUGAUUGUGAAAUGAUCGGUGCCCAAUACUUCGAGGGGUAGCGACUCCCGUGGCCAAAGGGGAGGAGGUCAGUCAAUCUGAGUGGUGAUGAUGGUGUAAAUUGAGGGGAAACCGAUUAUAUGUUUCCGCCUGAGGGGAAGGAAGAGCCUGAGAGGCGACAGUAAAUACGUUAGGUCGUCCUCUUGUCCUAUCACACAGCCGGUGAGUCGAUGGGACACUCCUGGCGACUCAGA